AUGGAGUGUUUUCCUAACUCAUGGUGUGAUGUUUCUGUUUCUAUUUCUACAACAGCAACGACCGACACUAAUAAUAGCAAAGGAAAGAAAGCUGGGAAUGGAAAGAAGAAGAAGAAUAGUAGUGGUAACAAAGCAGUGAAGCUAUCGACAGAUCCACAGAGCGUGGCAGCCAGAGAGAGAAGGCAUCGUAUCAGUGAUCGCUUCAAGAUCUUGCAGAGUUUAGUACCUGGAGGAACAAAAAUGGACACUGUUUCAAUGUUGGAGGAAGCUAUUCACUACGUGAAGUUUCUCAAAACACAGAUAUGGCUUCACCAAGCUAUGAUGAGUGCAGCUAUGGCUGAGGAGGAGGAUACCCUUUCUGUUCUUCCUCCUCCUACUUCUCCUUACUUUCUCUCUCCAUCUUUUCCUACUCAUCAAGACUCAGCUUGCUCGUCGGUGGCGACACCCUUAACCGCUGUGCCGGAUCCAAUGGUUACCCCACUUCCAUCUCUGCCACUUUAUUGCUUUCAAACUGAUGAAAAUGAUCACAUCAUGUUCUCCUCCACUAAUUCCAUUAAAAAGGAAUUGCCUUAAUUAGAGCCUUAGAGACCUCCCUCCCUCAGUUAUGUAAAUCUCUUACUUGUUACUCUCUC